UGGGGUGAGGCUUCUCUUAAAGUGGAGGGGGUGGUGCUACAAGAAGGACUGGUCAGUGGAGCUGUUGUUGACCAUUCCUGUUGACCGCCUUCCUUCUUUCCAAUUCUCUUUCUCGACAUCUUUUUGAUUUGCGAUACUUCUUCUUUUUUCAUUUUUUUUAAUAAUACCAUUGACCCUCCCUCAGAUGUCACCUUCCUCCCUCACUCGACUAGUAACUCAAUCAAGAACUACUAAUACUCACCCCGAGCCAAACAUCAGUCCAACCGAACCCAACCACCCAUCGAUCAGUAGCUUCUAUCCAACAGUCACCAGCCCGAAUAACACUUCACCACCCAGAACACCCACAGGGAAAACCCAUCCACCCGAGAAUCACAACCAAAUCCAACAAGUAGACCCCACCCAGAACCGAGAUCCCCAAGACCCCCCCACUUCAUCUACGGAUGCUUGUGACCGUCCACCAGAACUCACCACUACCACCACCACCACCCAGCUCCAGCCAAACACCACCAAACGCGACUCUCCAGAGAGCCCGACUCCGGCCCCUACCUCGGCCUCGAAACGUUGGGGUGCUGUUAAGGCUAAACUGAUCCGUGGCUCGUCCGUCGGAUUGAGUCCUACCGAUCGUGAGAGCUCCGGGCAGACCUCUCGGGCUACUACCACCAUCAAUCAACUCCUUCGAAUUAAAUCCAAAUCUACUACCGAAAAAGACAUCCGUGGCCCCGAAUUGACUGCUCAACUCUCAAGUGGUUUACUGGCAAUAAUUAUGCUCAAAAUGGCGAUGGACAGAGACGAACAUGGACAGCAUCGAAUUCCAAUUCUGAUGAAUUAUCUCAAACUGAAGAUCAGUGAUAGUAUUCAUCCAUUUCAUGCGACUCAUGCCGUGUUCAAGAUCGAAUUGGAAUACGGAGAUGGCUUACUCCACUGGGUCAUCUACCGAGAACUUCGUGACUUUGUCAACCUCCAUGCGGCCUACAAAGCAUCCAACAUCGUUUCUCGAAAUUCGAGCGAUGUCACCCUACCAAACUUCCCCAGGACUUCGUUGCCGUACUACAACUUACUCAAACGUGAAGGGAAGGCAGAAGGCAAGGCCGAGUUUGCGCGACUCCAACGAGCCGGUCUACAGGAGUAUCUUAUCAAGCUCACCAAGGCUACCAUGUUUGUACCAGAAGCAAAUCGACUCUGUAAAUUUCUCGAGAUCUCCGCGCUAUCUCUAGCUCUAGCCAAUCGAGGUGGCUUCCAAGGGAAACAGGGAUAUCUCAGAAUCAUGUCCAAUGGCGCAUUUUCUAGGCGCCAACGCACUGGUUUUCAUCCAUUCAAAUUCAAAGGCCGUCGCGAGCCCAAGUGGUUUAUUGUUCGAGAAUCUUAUUUGAUCUCAGUUGAUGAGCCAGAUCAGACUGAAAUUUAUGACAUCUUCUUGGUAGAUGAUGAGUUUCAAUUGAAGCGACCCACGCGUCUAUUGAAGCAAGGCAUUCAUCUCUUAGAUUGGCAUGAUGCAUCAAAGGAGCAACACGCACCAACCCUGAAUUUUGAUAACGAAGUCGAUCCCAAUCAGUCUGCCCAAGGAAAUCCCUCGGGCAGUGGCGAUCCUGACGAAGGUGUGGCUGCUGAACUAGCGGCGGACUCUCGACAAGUCCAGCACGCAUCAUCGCACGUCUUUUACAUCACCAACUCUGAGCGGGAAGUCAAGCUGAUCGCUAAGAAUGAGAGGCAGAUGGAUCAAUUCAUCGCUUCUAUCGAACGCAUGGUGGCUAGGUCGAUUUGGCACGGAAAGAACCGCUUCGAUAGCUAUGCGCCCAUUAGGAUGAACGUCUCCGCCCAGUGGUUAAUCGAUGGAAGAGAUUACUUUUGGAAUCUUAGCAAAGCGAUCUUACUAGCCAAGGAACGGAUUUACAUCCAUGACUGGUGGCUUUCACCAGAACUCUACUUGAGAAGACCACCAGCACAAAACCAAAAAUGGCGACUUGAUAGACUUCUCGAGCGCAAGGCAAAUGAGGGCGUUCAAAUCUUUGUGAUCGUUUACAAAGAAGUAUCUAAUGGCUUUACACCCGUCGAAUCAGGCUACACUAAAUCGCGACUUUUAUCUUUAUCGCCGAAUAUCCACAUGCAACGAUCUCCUUCGCACACGGGUACUGGUAAUCUUCUUUGGUCUCACCACGAAAAGUUAUGUGUGAUCGAUGAAACGAUUGCUUUCAUGGGAGGGCUCGAUCUUUGUUUUGGUCGCUGGGAUACUCCUGGGCAUGCCCUGAUUGACGAUGCUAGUGGUGGUUUAGAAUUCAUUGAAUCUGUUCAUCCACAGUCUGCUGAAGCGGCAGACGGCCAGAUUUGGCCUGGCAAAGAUUACAGCAACCAACGCGUUUCUGAUUUCUUCAAUCUAAGUAAACCAGAAGAAGAUAUGUACGAUCGUGACCGAGUGCCUAGACAGCCCUGGCAUGACAUAGGACUACAGCUAAUUGGUCAGCCUGCACGUGACUUGUGCCGGCAUUUUGUUCAGCGAUGGAACUAUCUUUUGCGUACCAAAAAUCAUACUCGCUUGAUGCCUUUCCUCAUCCCCCCAUCGGAUUUUACACCGAUGGAGCUUUCAGAGCGCCGAAUCAUUGGGACUUGUGAAGCUCAGAUCUGUAGAUCUUGUGGUCCCUGGUCGAUUGGGACGCCUAAUAAAGUCGAGCAUUCGAUUCAAAGUGCUUAUGUCAAGGCGAUCCAAUGCAGCGAACAUUUUGUUUACAUCGAGAAUCAGUUUUUUAUCACUUCAUGUAUAGUCGAGGGCACAGUCAUCACCAACAAAAUCGGGGAUGCACUAGUCAAUCGAAUCAUACAAGCCCACGAAGAAGGUACUCCUUGGAAGGCAGUCAUCAUCAUUCCAACCAUGCCUGGAUACCCUUCCCCGUUGAAUGAAGAUGCUGCAGGCUCUGUCCGUCUGAUAGUCGAUUGUCAGAACAAGUCCAUCUGUCGAGGCGAAACCUCCAUAUUCGGUCGUCUACGCGCUGAAGGAAUCAAUCCCAAUGAUUACAUCAAUUUCUUUAGUCUUCGUGGAUGGGGAAAGUUGAAGAACGGUCAAUUGACAACCGAGGGUGUAUACAUCCAUGCCAAAGCGAUGAUUGUCGAUGACCGGUGUGUGAUCAUCGGAUCUGCGAAUAUCAACGAGCGAUCGCAAAGAGGCGAUCGAGAUUCGGAGUUGGCAUGUGUGAUCAGAGACACCGACAUGAUCGACAGUAGGAUGGCUGGAAAGCCUUACAAAGUUGGUAGAUUUGCACACACCAUGCGAGUUCGACUGAUGCGAGAACACUUGGGAAUCGAUGUCGAUGCAAUGGACGCAGAGGACGCAAAUAUGGAUCUGAUCGAUCAGCAGAUCAAGACGCAGGAGGAACACGCUGGACAUCAGCCCGGGGCCGCCGCGGUACCUAAGGUUGAUCACCAAUCUUCGUCGAAUUCUUUGGCGUCUCAAGCUUGGGAUCCAGAUCGAGAAGAACGAGGGCGAUCUACCUCGCGCGAGGGUAUCACCCAGCUUAUCCCACCUGGUGCCAGAUUUGUGAACGGGAUUAAGUCGAUGGGGCAUAGUGUCAAAGACAAGUUGGACCCUCACUCACACGACAUUGAUAAGGUUGGUGACCCAACAUCGAACAUCUCAGUUCAUGAUCAGCUUUUAAAGCAAGCACGCGAGAACCCGCAAGUAGCCAAGGGUAAAGAUCAAUCCAAGGAUGGCGAAGCCGAGCCGACUUCACGACUAGUGCCCACAUUAGAGGAAAUAGAUCAGCCGACAAAUUUUUCUACCAGUGACCCUCUGGCAUCUACUUCGAAAAACUCGACUGGUCGGCCUCCAGUCAUCGUGCAGCCUGAGUACUUACGUGAGAAAGACACUCCUUAUAAUGGUAACGGCAAGGCUCGUUCUCGGUCGCCAACGGAUGACUUCAAUGCCAAUUUUCGCUCAGGAACACCGACGCAAUCUCAAUCCAAAGCGACCGGUUUACCGCAACAUGAUUUCUUGAAUGCAGACCCGAACACGAGACGGAAUCGAACACUGAAUCCAAAAAAGUCCCAGUUCAUGGUCGCGACGCCCUCAAUCGAGGUGGACCCGAAUGGCUUCGAAGAUCCGAUCGAUGAUCGAUUCUACCAUUCGGUAUGGACGGCCAUCGCGAGUCGAAACACCCAGAUCUUUCGGACGGUGUUCAAGUGUGUACCUGAUGACAAGGUCACGACUUGGCAGGGAUACAAGGAGUUCGCAGCAUGGGAGAGCCGACAUGGGAAGCCCCUGAGAGAAUCAGCCCGGCCGGCUAGUUGGAACAGUGGCGGGAAUGGGGAGGAGGAAAACCUGAACAUGGGCAACAACGGAUCAUCGGCCGCUGGUGGAGAAGGGUCGAGCAACAGGGCCGAGCCCCAACAGCCGGCGACACCGAUGACUGCUUCACGCGCUCGCGGGAUGAGUGUUGCCAGUGGAGGUACAAUGGGUGUUGGGCGACCAGGAGAAGGUCACAGCAGAGCGGCGACGACGGCCGCCGAGAGUGACAACUUGAACAGUAGCACUCAGACUGGCCAUUCCAAGGAACCCACUGGGAACGCUGGCCUGGCUGCUUCCACCGGGACGAUCUCCAAGUCAGGCACGACUACCCGCAAGAAAUCGGUGGGAAGUACCAGUAAGUCCGCCGAGAGCAAGAAGGCUGUCGAUGAUCGUGCUGGAUUCACUGCGAUCGAACGCGAUCAGAUGGAGGAAAUGUUGACGGAGGUUCAGGGCCACUUGGUUCUAUUUCCUACACGAUUUAUGGAGAACGAAGAUCUAAAUAACAACUUUUUAUUCCAAAAAGAUAGGAUCCCUCCUUUGGCUAUUUACAAUUAAAAAAACCCUUCCAAUCAUCCAACUACUAACAUCAUCAUCAUCAGCAGCAGCAUUCGGUUUUCCUUCAAUCAGAG